AUGAAGUCUUUCACUCUUGCUUCUGCCCUCCUCGCCGCUGCGGCCGUUGCCCAGCCCCACGGCAGCCCUCACGGAAUCCACCACCGCCGUCAUCACCAGAACGACAAGCGUGACGUUGUCACCGAGGUCGAGUGGGUGACUGAGGUCGAGUACGUUACCAAGAUGGUUGAUGCCACCACCACCGUCUGGGUCCGUCCCGAUACUGAGCCUACUGUUGCUCCUGAGGUCCCCGAGACCACUGCCCCCAAGCCUGCUGCCCCCAAGAAGGAGAAGAAGCCUGCUCCUCCUCCUGUCCCUACCACUACUUUGGUCACCAGCGUCUACACUCCCCCUCCCCCUCCUGAGACUACCUCCGAGGCCGAGAUCGUUGCUGAGCCUACCUCUGAGGAGGUUGCCCCCGUUGAGCCCACCACUCAGGCACCUGAGCCUACUGUUGCUCCUGCACCCAAGCCUGUUACUCAAGCCCCUAAGCCUGUCGUCAAGGCCCCCAAGAAGGAGGUCAAGACCGAGCCUGAGGCCGAGCCCGCGACUGAGACUGAGGCUCCUGUUGUCGCUCCUGUUCAGCAGGAGAAGGCUGCUAAGCCCGCCGGUGGAUCCUCAGGCGGCAGCUCCGCCGCCAAGCAAGGAGAGUUCACUUACUAUGACAUCGGACAAGGUGCUUGCGGUGAGGACGACUCUGGCAAGGAUGACUCUAUCAACAUUGUUGCCCUCUCCCACCUUCUCAUGGGUACCGAGUCCAACAGCAACCCCAUGUGCGGCAAGACCAUCUCCAUCAAGGCCAAUGGCAAGACUGUUCAGGCUACCGUUAAGGAUAAGUGCAUGGGUUGUGCCGUUAACGACAUCGAUGUGAGCCGCAAGGUCUACAACGAGAUCUGGGGCAGCCUCGACUCUGGCCGUUCUGAGGUUGAGUGGUGGUUCAACUAA